AUGGCGCGUAACCCACCUCAUCCGCGUAGGGUCUCUAGAACCUCAACGAUCCUCUUCGCGCUCGGAGCGCAAGAUACGCCCUAUGCAAAGGACAAGACGAAGAAGACGGCACCCUCUAGCCCAUUUCUAAUCGGCAGCAAAUACAAGAAGCCUUGCGAUCCCAAAAAGGUUGCAUGCAAGCCCAAGGAUGAAAACAACAAUAAGGACGCGGAGAAGGAAUCCGGCGCCGCAGCUGACGAGGCUCCAGCCCCUGGAGCUUGGGUUAAGGUCAACGAGCCAGCGGCCGACGACGCCGCGUUCGACAAAAAGACCGAUUUCACUGCGCAGCAAGACGAUACCCUCCUCAAACUGAAAAUCGUCGAGGCCAAAGCUUGGAAAGACAUCGCCGCCGAGGUCGGCAAGGAAGUCUGGGAGGUCAAGGCACGGUGGAAAGAUAUCAGGCCGACGGAUGAAGCUCGUUGGAAGCAACUGAAUGGCUACGGCAAUGCUCCCGCCAACUCGGACGGAGGCGGCGGGAAGAACAACACCAAAGGCGGCGGCAAAGGUGGAGGCGGAGGCGGAGGCGGAGGCGGAGGCGGCAACGAUUGGAAGAAGAACGACAAGCAAAAGAACAACCAGAAGAGUUCUUGGCAGAAACAGCAGCAGCAGCAGAUCCACAACUUCGACGUCGCUGAAGACGCGGAUGACGAGGCUGCCAUAGCUGAUCCGUUCGCCGAUCCCCUACCCGACAUUCCAAGUGGAGACGGCGUCGUCGAGCUGGAGGAGGACGAGAACUUUAGCCAGGACGAGCUGGUUCUGCUCUGCCGGCUGCUGCACCGCGAUCAGAGGAACCUGUGGCUCCGGAUUGCGUCCCAGUUCUACGAUAGGACGGGCCGCAAGGUUCACCCGAUGGAUAUCAAAGAGAAGCUGACGGGGGUGGCAGCUGCGGAGGACGAGGGUUGGAAAUAGGACGAAGGGAGAAUGAUGAGUCGGUAUGGUGGGCUACUCAAUUGCAUAUACUGUUUGGGCUUUCAUUGGGUAAGGGCAUCUUGGCUGCUGAUAGCGAUUGUCUGGACAGUCAUAGGCGAUAAGUUUGCUAGGACCUUGCCUCAUUGAAGUAUUAUCCCAAACUGCUUAUCCUCCUCUGAGGAUUAUCAUGGUAGCUGGCUGGCGUCAAGGCGAUACGGAUCACGGCUAAUGAUAGUUGGCAACUGAGGAUCAGCUUUUUUUUAAGCACAG